CGCGCUCUCGUGUCAGUGAAGCCCACUCUGUCAUGGCCUAAUUAGUCGUAACUAUGCAAAUGGAACGAUUAGCAGAUUUUAGGACCGGUCUGUAGUGCUAUGCGGCUCGCUUGGUGGGCUAGAGAGCCACUGCAACCUCCUAAUGUGGAGAGAGUUUUUCAUUUCAGCCGUGCGACGCAAAAUGGUCUCGUGUUGACAGCUAGGAAAAGGCAUCGCAGACAAGAGAAGGUUGUCACAUUGAUGAUACGGCUAAUCGCAGUCAGUCUCGUGUGUGGUUUCGUAUCGGAGCCGGGUCCAUUCAUAAGUAUUUGAUGAGGUUCUAGUCGUCAAUAUUCCCAGUUGAUAUACACUCCCCCCUAUCGGACCUGAUGCCGUAUUGAUGCGAGUAGUGCCCUCCGGUGGAACGAUCAGCAAUCACUGAGGAGUAUUUGACCAGCCCUCGGUUCAAUCAAUCCAGCACGCGGGAGGCGAAAACUAAUACCACUUCAGACUCUCAUCAUCCAGUGUGCUCUCUGAUUCUGGCUGGACAACGUGGAACAUUCUUCCAAGCACACCACAACCUUGUAACAAUUUUGGAGAAUCACCCGUCGCACGAUGUUACCACAUCUUUCUAUAAUCUUUUAGUAAUCUCAUAUUUGUUUUUCUCAGUUUAACAUGUCUCCAGUAUUGCUUCGCUUAUGAUGAAUUAAAACUUCAAAGACGUACAUUGUAUUUGAAACUGGAAAGUAACUGAGCGAUCUGACAGAAGGAACAAAGGAGUGGUUGAAUUUUAACUUUUUGGUGGUCAGUUAUUAAAAUAAAAACUUUCACCAUGUCUGCCGUUGAUCUAUAUCAACCUCCCCCGCCGCCCUCCAAGCCAAGUUGCUUCAGCAUUGAGUCCCUGGUCUCCAAGUCCUCCAGCCCCUCAAAUCCACCUGCUCCGACUACCUCCAGCCCGGACUCAGUGGGCUCCCCGACCCCCUUCACACCCAUCGUGGUCAGCAGGCUACACAAGCCCAGUCCGACCGGGGACUCGUCGUUCCACACCGCCUUCGCCCACCCUAUCAAGGGACUGUACUCGCCCGAGGUAGCCUACCCGUCGGAGUCCGCGCAGACCGUACACCCGGGAUUCGCCAUGCCGCAGCACCUCGGUAUGCCGGGAGCUCACGGCUUCCCGUCCCCGCACCACCACCCCGCUGCUCUGGCCGGUGUCUUCGGUUCGCCUCCCCGGCGCGAGCCGUUCGGACUCUACCCGUGGUUCCUGGCGCGAAAUAGACUAUUUGGUCACCGAGGAUUCGCAGGAGGCGAUAUAGCAAACGGAGGCUUCUUCCUCCAGCAUCCCUUCCGGAAACCCAAGCGGAUCCGAACCGCGUUCUCCCCGUCGCAACUACUGAGGCUUGAGCAAGCUUUCGAGAAGAAUCACUACGUGGUGGGAGCCGAGAGAAAACAGCUCGCUGCUAGCCUUAACCUCACAGAAACUCAGGUCAAAGUCUGGUUCCAAAAUCGGAGGACGAAAUACAAGCGGAUUAAGACGGAGGAGGAAGGGGAACAAGACGCCAAGAAGAAGGGAUCUCAUCACGUCAAUAGGUGGCGCAUGGAAACACAGCAAAACUCAUUAUGAUAGUCCUUCAGUUGUCUGUCUAUUGACUGUUUUUGGCGCCAAAACCUUGUGUCGUCUGCGCUUUUCCCAAGGACAGCGUUUAUGCGUUCGUUUACUGUGCACCGGACUGACCAAUCAGAGGCCGCGAUGUAUGCCGAACUUGCUGCAUGCUCAUCUAUCCUAUGAUGUGAUUGGUGAAUACACCAAUCGAAACUUUUUAGUUUCACCAAUCAGCAGUCAUGACUUAUACUCAUCGAUAGACGCUGAGAGCAUCGAGCGUUUCGAUUUGAGAACAUUUUUAAAGGAACUGCAUGCCUCUGAAUUUCUGAAAUAUGAAAGACGAACUUGUAAUUAACCUCAAAAGUUACAAGCAGGAGUACGAUACAGUGAAAAGAGUACAACAACUUCAUCCAGUAUUGUGAAGCCUUCAGGUUCAAGAACGACUCCAUUAUGAUAAUAAAUCUGAGUUCCUAUUUGUAGCCCGAAAUGACUCAUUCAUUUAGCGGGCGAACCUUGCGAGUCUACCGGGGCUGGCACGUGCAGAGUCCCCGGUGCGCGGUCCGUGAUUCCACGCUCAGAGAGAUGACAAUCGUUUUGCCUUGGGGCCGUCUCGUGACGUCUUCAACGCCAAACUCAUUAAUGAUCUCAAGAUAUGAAUCAAAUAUGACAGAAUCAUCACCAUUUCAACCUCAUCUUCGUCUUCAUAUGCCCACACGAACUCUUGUUCAAGCCCUGCUCUACACUUAAGGCUAUUUUUCAGAAUAUGAAAAGUGAGAAAUCCUCGCUUGAACCCGACGUGGCAAUCGUGUACUUAUUAUGACGAUGCGAAAUAUUCACCCAUUUCGUCAAUGCUGUCCAAAACCUUCGGUCCGUUUCUUGGAGAGUUGGUCAAAACAUUUGUGUAUUAUAAUAUGAUCAAAUUGUAUAAAAAAAAAGUUUUCACGAACAUGUGCAUCUAUGUAACUAGACAUCCAUGAACUAUUUAAGUUCCCUGAAUAUAUUGAAGGAAAAAUGGGUCCAUGCCGAUAUGUUUAUGUUUACUACAACUUUAGAAGAAAUUUGCAUUUUCGAUAUAAAAAUGUACAAAGAUUAUCAAGCAAAGGACGUGAAGACUUCUGCGUACGACAGAAAUUUCUGAAGACUUCUGCGACAGAAAUGUUUCUGUAAACAUAAAAAAAAUCUUACUCUGCAAAAUGUAAAGCUGUCAUUAUCGACAUAAAAUGUUGACAGAGUUCAAGAAGUAUAAAAAAACAAUAAAGUAUAUAUUUAUUUAUUUGUGUUGACUUCGGAUAAUGACCACCCUUCCCGUAACUUACGAACUACAAAAAUAUCCUUUCAACUUGACAAAGCACUUGAGAAUCUCUAACUCCACCUCCUUAUAUUACAUGAUAGUCACGUGAUCCUCUUUAUUUCAUAUUAACGACAGUAUUUUGUACUUUCCUUCAUUUCUAAAAGGAAUACACGUUUGCAAUUUUUCGUUUGGUCAAAUAGGCUUUUCUUGUUAUCGUUUGUAAGCUGGAAUACAGCAAGCAUUUUUGACAGCCUGGUGUUACUUCAAACUUUUAAGUGCUUUCAAGGUCAACUUACUUUUGUACGGUGGUGUUUAUUUUAUUGUAUGCUUUUUGCACAAGAGGCUUCAAAAUACUUGAAAUGUAUAUUCAUGAAUAUUUAAAUUUCAAUCCAGAAUACAAUGGUGCUGUACUGUGGAGUCCGUGAUCAAUGGAAUUGUACAUAGAUUAGUAUUAUAAUUAUACCGGAUAUCCUCUCAUAAAUAUUCACGAGGCUUUCGAUAGCUGAUAAAAAAGAGGGUGGGCCGGACUACACUUAACCACGCCCACAUUUUCACUGGUUGUAUGCUAUAUCAGUACUAGAUCAAGUACACGUUCACAGAGAACGUCAACGGUUUGAAACUGCGGUGUUUGUUCAAUAUUAAUUUAUUACAAUACACAAAUUAAAUAUGUUGAGUUUCUACAGCGUGAGAAUAUCUAUUUCCCUGUUUGGAACAAUACAUUGUCAACAUAAAUUUCAUGUAUUGCUAUUUUCUCUGAAUCCACAAUCAUUACUUCUUUUGACAAUAUUAACCCUUGUGAUUAUUUCCCUUUCCACUUUGGUUUUUCAUUAUUUCAAAAAGUUGUUGUUUAUCGUUUAUGGUAUGAAACAAUAUUGCACUCAAGAAAUCUUGACAUUGUGAAACGUUUUAGCUGUACGGCAUAGUUUCAGAAACAACAGCAAUGAAAUAUUAAUUCCUGGGUCGCGUCAAUGUGUUGUUUAUUUUUUUUGUUUCACGGAAAAACCACAGCACACAGCAAGAUUAUAAAUAAAAUGUCUUUGAAGACAUUAUCAAUAUGUGAGGAUAUUAAACCAUGAAAUAAAUAUUAA